UUCAUUUAAACAAUUCAGUGAAAUGUUCAAUUUAGUCAGCGAUUAACAGUCAGAAAUAAACAAACAUAGAUUACAAAUAACGAUUUAUUUUAAAAUAAAAAAAAAUCAUUUAAGAUUUCUAAACUUUAUAAUAAUGAAGUGGUGCUGUAGUCGUUACACUACUGGAGUCACAAUUGGCUCUAUAUAUAUUGUGCUAAUUGUAUUGUUUUUUAUUGCGACUUGUAUUAGUUAUGUACAUUAUGACAAGCUUCAAGAUCCACUGCAUAGAGAUAUAUUGAAAUCUUUACUUUUUAAAAGGAUGAUAAUAUGUGCUGUGUCGGCUAUAAUAUCUGCUCUAUUUAUAGUGGCCAUUGCUAAGAGAUAUAAAUACUUGAUAAUUCCUUGGCUUUUACUGGUUGUCUAUUAUUUUUAUGGCACUUGUAUGUUCAUAUUCGCUUGGUUUAUCGGAGCUGGAAUGGGCGGAGCUUCUGGUUUAACAUUUUUGUUUAUUCUGAUUAUUGGUGUGUUGGCUAUUGUUUUACAAAUUGCCAUUUUUUGGUUUAGUUGUUCUCUGUUUAGAGAAAUACAUUUGGAAUAUAAAGAACAUACUACAAUACCAAACUCAGAACCGAUGACAGAGCGAAGUGUUGUGUAAAUUUAUAAAUUUAUAACAAAUUUUUUAUAAACAUAUUUAUUUAUAUUUUCUACAAUUAAAGUAUUUUUUUAUAGCAACAAAAAAAUUAAUAAAAUUGCCUUAAAAAUA